GCCUGGAAUAUGUCAUGAAGUUUAAAGCGACCUUCACCGAUCGUGGACUUCGAACGCUAGAAAAAGGGAUCUGUCCAGCCCUAGAACGCCAUGGGAAGGCGUGCCACAUGCUCCUCAGUCGUGAGGAUGUGCACUUGAUCCAGACAACCUUGGAUGCUGAUGGCAUGCUGAUAUGCGCUCGCUGGGCAAUUGAAGUUCUAUUUGAGCCAAGCACAUACACUUGUGACAGUCGACACCACAACCUUAUUGCUUUCCAGCUGGAGGUGGGGCUCUUGCGGCGCGUGCUGCAAGCAGCUGGAGCAAAUGAUGCAGAUAGCUUGGAGGUCAAGCUCGCAAUGCGCGCUGUGCCGACUGGGACGAACACGCCGCCAGUCUCAAAGCCCUUCCUGACAUUCACAUGCAGAGGAUUGAAUCUGAACAUGGUCCAAGACUUGCCCAUCAGCAAGCCUCACCUUCCAGCAGAGAUCGAUCGCCUGGUGAUGGACAAGGACAUCACCCAAGUCUGCCCCUUCUACCUGGACCUCCAGGGGGAGGGCCAGCGCCUCCAGGCCAUAGUGGACAAGCUGCGCAGCAUCAGCGCCACGAUGACGCUGGUGACGACCAAGCACGGGCACCUGCACCUGCAGGUGGCUGCCGAGCAGCUGCAGCUGGCCACCGAGGUGCAGAGCCUCGAAGUGCUGCCUGCAGCCGUCGCGCGCGAUGCGCAGCCCCUCAGUGAGGCGGCUCCAGAGGGGAGGCUGCGGGAGGCGGCGAGGAAUGGGGAUGCUGCCUCCGCCAUAGUGCAAGUGAAGCACUUCACAAAGAGCCUGCACAGCAGCCAGCUCACCCAGCCCGCACAGGUGUUGUGUGGGAUUGGGGAGACAGGGGGCCAUGUCCAUUUCAUGUUUGUGUACCGGGACCCCUUCAGCGAGGCUGGCUACGAUGAUAAGAUAUCCCUCAGUUACAAGCUGCCGGUUCUCCAAGACAACGAUCUAUAGCAGCCACUCAAUGUGAUGAACGUUGUUCAUUCCGAUGGCCUUGGACCUGCAAAUUAGGACUUCC